AUGCAAGAAGAAGAAGAAAAAGAACGACAAGCACUACUUGCUCAACGAGUUCAAAAAUAUAUUGAUUCAGAUUGGCGUACUCUAUCUGAUAAUAAAACAUUAUUACAUUUAUCUUUGAUGGAACAUCGUAACGCUUUUUCUGUUGGUAUUCGCAACAGGUUUCCAUCUUUAUCAGUAGUUCAACUAUUAUUAUCCUGUCAAGCACCGAUCAAUGCUAUUGAUAAUAAUCAUUAUACACCAUUACAUAACUUUGCCUGCAAUAAAUUUGAAAAACUUACCAAGGAAGAAUGGAACGAUAUUAAAAAAAUAUUUGACUUACUUAUCGAUAGUGGUGCACAUCUUGAUGCAACAGCACAGGGAAAAACAUCAAAAGAUUGUACUCAACAUGAAAACCUUAAAAGCCUUUUUCGAAUAUAUCCAAAUUAG